AUGAGCGAUAUCGAAAGAAAACUAGAGCUUGAGUGGCAGAGGCUGAACGACGAAGAGCAACAACUUGAAGCACUCCUAUCAGUUCUCUCCGGCGAGUUGAGAAAACUAAAGGAAGACGAGCGCGCAAUCAGAAGAGCCCUUGCCCGCGACGCCGAACCUCCGAAAAGUCAAAAUCCUGACCCAAUCUCUUCCUCAAAGGAUGCAGUGCCAACCCGACCUUCCCUCUCUAUCAACAGAACGCCGCAGCCUCUCACCGUCCAAGUUCCCUUCACAGGAUCUAGGCCGGUAAGUUUACGCGGGUUAGCGGCUCCGAUGGGCCAGAAUGUCAGGAAUUUGAAAAUGAGCGUCGGAACGAAUGGACGAAAAAGGUCAUUUUCGGGCUUCGAUGAGCCAAUUGACAUUGAUCAACCCGGCCCAUCCGGCAUCAAGAACCACGUGAUUCUCCUCUCCGACUCUGAGGAUGACCCAGUUAUUCAAGAACCGACCAUUCCACCUCCAAACAAGCACAAAAAGAUCCAGCCAAACGAAGAUGGUAUCAUUGAGAUUCCAGACGACGAAGACGAGCCUCAAGUCCGCGGCUCAAUCAAGAUAAAAGAUCGCGUCAGCCAAAUCCAUCCUCAUAUCAUCAGCGAUCCGCUUCCGGUCGCUCAAAAAUUCGCUGCCACCUUCAUGGGCUUUUCUGGGCUUAGAUUGCUCGGCUCGGUGCGCGAACCACUGCCAAUGCCGCCCCCUCAUUUCAAGCGCCCGAAAAUCCUACUAAGAGACAAUGUGAAGAAAGAAAAUCUAAGUGAAGAAGAAGACGAAAACGAGGACGAGUCAUUUUCUUGCGGCAUUUGUAUGGAAUCGUUGUCAGACAUUAAAAAAGCUGGAAAGAAAGUCAUGACAACACCAUGUGGCCAUCCUUUUUGUAACGGCUGCCUUGAAAUGUCCGCCAAAUCGGGCAAUUACGAUCGCCUGCCACAUCCACAAUCGAAAGUUAACCAUUGCCCAAAGUGUCGGAAGCUUUACGCGCUCAAGGACCGUAUCGAACUUUAUCUUUAA